AUGAGUCAAUAUAGAAAGACCAGACUUGCCAGGUUCUUUUCUCUGGUUAUUUCUGGACAGCGCAAUGUGACAGACGAGGAGAGCUCCAAAUUGUUCUUGGAAGCAGUUCAGCAAGAAAACAACCAUGUUUAUUGCGUCGAGCGGAUCAUUGGGAGCCCUUCAGCACGCAGCGCGGUGCAUGCCAGCAUACGCUUCAACAUCAGUCCCGCAUUUGUCAAUCAGUACACCUCCAGUUUCAUCAUCUACUUGGCCGACCCGACUGUCAAGCAGUUAUGUAACGGUCGCAUCCUACAGAAGCUUCUGACGCUCAUUGUAGAGCCACGAACACUGUGGGACGCUCUCUUGCAAGGGUUUCUAUCUGGAGAGUUAGACCAAAGCUCCGUUCUUGCAUUCGCCUGGAUUUUGGAAGAGCUACUUUGUCUACCCUCUGCGAGCACAAGUCACCUAAAUAUCGUCGACGAUGCCCAGAAGGUGGUGGACGAUGGCUCACUGCUGCAGUCCCCCUCCGGCCAAAUACGGAACCAUGGCUAUAAGAUCAAACAUUACCUCCAGAUGAGAUCGUCCGACCCGUUGGCGAUCAUCAACUCUAACUUCUGCCCUGGUGGUCGCCAUGACAAUGACUUUGCAGACUUCCGUGAAAUCGCCAUAUACCCUACGUCAGCCGAAUUCCUAUCUGAAGCAAAACCCUUCUAUCGACGAGCAGAGGAGAUAAUGGAAGUCGCCUCUGAGAAUCGCCUGGUUGCUCACCUCGACAAUCAGUUUCGGCUUCUUCGAGAGGACAUGUUGUACGAGAUUAAAGAUGAAUUUCAAGUAGCUCGAGGCAAGAAGAAGAGUCGUCGGAUCGCACCUCUUCUGUGUGAUCUAACGCUUAAGCACAUUCAGUAUGGCGAUGCUAACCGACUUCGACCUUGUACUUUGGCAAUGACUUGCAAAUCAGGCUUGGGGGCUUUGAUAAGCAGAAAGCCAGCUGACAGAAAGAAGUUCCUGAAGGACAAUCGAAACUAUCUUCCUCAUCAAGCCUUUGGAUGUCUGAUGCGUGGUGUGGAGAUCGUUGCCUUUUGCAUACUGGAUCGAGAUAUCGAUUUGCUCUGCCAAUCGCCGCCCUUGAUCUCGUUGCGUGUCAUUGGACCUGACGCCCUGUCGAAAACGCUGAUGUAUCUUCACCUUUACAGUGAUCUUAGCUUCCUGCUGGUUGAUGCACCGGUCUUUGCUUACGAGCCUAUUCUGCGAUGCAUUCAGGAGAAGGGUGAUUCCAUUUCAGCAUCCGAAAUCGUGCCAUCUUCGAUUACUGCGAGCAUACGGAUAUUGAAGACUCCAAAUCCGGUCAACCUUGACUCUGCGCAAUUAGAGUCGUUGCUUUCUGGCAUGACCCAAAGCGUGAGUCUGAUCCAGGGGCCACCAGGGACUGGAAAAUCGUUCGUUGGCGCGCUUCUUGCCAAGGCCUUCCACAGUUACAGCGAAGAAAAGAUCCUUGUGAUGUGCUACACAAAUCAUGCACUGGACCAGUUUUUGGAAGACCUUCUUGAUAUCGGAAUUAGACCAUCGGAUAUGGUUCGUCUAGGGUCAAAGUCCACAAACCGCACGUGGCCUCUGAAAAUCUCUGAGCAGAGCUCUACGUAUAGGCGGUCUGCGUCGAGCUGGAGCGUGAUCAACAAUUUGAAUGAAGAAGCCAGUGAAGCCAAGACAACUAUUCGCAGCUCCUUUGAAGGGUACCAGAACGCCAAACCAACUAUCGGCGACAUUCUUGAGUAUCUGGAAUUUGAACAGCCAGACUUCUUUCGUGCCUUUUGCCCUCCACGAACUGAACGGGGAAUGGUAACCGUUGGAAGAGACGGGAAAAGAAUCACGCAUAAGACUUUGUACCAGCGCUGGCUCUCCGGCAGAAGUCAUGAACUGAAAUCAGCUGAGCUUCUGGAUGAUGAAUCUGUGGCUGUAUGGAGAAUGGAUCCAUCAACACGUCAAAACCACGUCAAUGAAUGGAUACAAACGCUACUUGAGGAACAGGUUGCCAAUCUUCGAAAUGAGAUGGUGCGAUUAGAUGAUUAUCAGAGUCAACUUGAAGAUCUUUGGGACGAGAAAACCCGCUCAAUCCUUCAGUCAAAGCGCAUCAUAGGUUGCAUCACCACAGCAGCCGCGAUGAAUACUGCAGCAAUCAAACUUGCGUCUCCGGGGAUUGUUCUUCUAGAAGAGGCUGGCGAAAUCUUGGAGUCGCAUAUCCUGACCGCACUGGGACCCGAAACAAAACAAUUGAUUCUCAUUGGAGACCAUCAACAGCUGCGACCCAAGAUCAACAACUACGGUCUGUCGGUGGAGAUGGGCAUGAUCUCCUCCUUUAUCAAGACUCUCUCCUACCCCCGUCUUCUUGAUGAUCCGAAAACAAAGAAUCGGCCGGUCCCUCGUGGCCUGCGAGAUAGGGUCAUCUUUAUCAACCACACAAACCCAGAGCAACAGCUGCAGAAUAUCGACGAUCGCGACACAGUGACCAGGGGGAGUAAGCAAAAUAAAUUCGAAGCUGAGAUGGUGUUGAAAAUUGUUCGAUACUUGGGGCAACAGGGAUAUGGCACAAAGAAAUUGGUUGUGCUCACACCGUACCUGGGCCAGCUGCACCUUCUACGAGAUAUUCUUCGCAGAGAGACAGACCCAGUCCUGAAUGAUUUGGACGCCCAUAAUCUCGUGCGCGCCGGAUUGCUCUCUCAGGCUAGUGCGCAGAAUCAAAAGCGGCCUAUCAAGCUGUCGACGAUUGACAACUACCAAGGAGAGGAAAGUGAUAUCGUUGUCGCGACGCUGACGAGGAGUAACGAAAACGGCGACAUCGGUUUCAUGGCGGCUCAGCAACGCCUGAACGUCUUAUUGUCUCGCGCCCGAAACAUUUUGAUCAUGAUUGGCAAUAUUGAGACAUUUGCUGGAAGCAGAAAAGGAAAGGAGGUUUGGCGUCCUUUCAUCAAUCUACUUCACGCGGGCAAUCAUCUCCAUGACGGUCUUCCUGUCAAAUGCGAGCAGCAUCCUGACCACAAAGCAAUUAUCUGCACACCUGAAGAUUUCGAUACGCAAUGCCCCGAUGGCGGGUGCCAUUUGCCUUGUGGAGUCAAAUUGAAUUGUGGUGUCCACGAUUGCCCAUACAGGUGUCACCAGCUAUCAGACCAUUCGCAGAUGGAAUGCCGGACCAUAGUACAAUGGGAGUGCCCACGAAAGCAUCGCAUGGCACGGGCAUGUUCGCAGGUCAAGGCGGAUUGCCACAGGUGCGCCGCCGAGGACAAAGCGAGAGAGAAACGAGAGAAGCGAGAUGCCGACCUGGAGGCUAAGCGCGACCGAUUGCAGAAAGGAUACAUGGCCAAGCUGGACGCUAUCAAAGAUGAGAUUGAACACGAAAGACAGAAGAGAAAGGAUCAGUCUGACCGGGACGAGAGAGAACGUGUCCUUGAGCAACAGAGACAAGAGCUUCAUAGGCUAAAGAACGGUUCGAACCGAGCGGACGCACAUGAUCCCCAAGGUAACAGCCAAGUCAGCAGCCAGCAGCCAGUUUCCGCUUCAUCUCAUGAUACUGAGGAUCCUGUUGGUACCGACAAUUCGUCACCUGCCGAGGAGGACUGGAAACACCAGAAAGAUUUCGAGGGAGCACAAAGCGAUGAAAUUGAUAGCCUGAUGGCAAUGAUUGGUCUUGAAGGUGUGAAACAAAUGUUUCUGGACAUCAAGGCUCAAGUGGACACAGCGAUAAGGCAGGGGAUUGACUGUAAAAGCGAACGUUACGGAUCAGUUUUACUGGGCAACCCGGGAACGGGAAAAACAACCGUCGCAGGCCUGUAUGCCAAGUUUCUCACUGCCAUGGGUGUCCUUCCUGGAAGCUUCAUAUCCGAGACGACCGGGUCACGACUAGCGAACGAUGGUGUGAAGGGCUGCCAGAAGCUGGUUGAUGACAUCCUCACAAACGGGGGCGGUGUACUCUUCAUCGAUGAAGCGUAUCAACUAGCACAAGGAAAUUCUCCAGGAUCCCAGGUGAUCGACUUCAUUCUAGGGGAGUCCGAAAAGCUCACCGGGAAGGUAGUUAUACUCCUUGCUGGGUAUCGGAAGCCCAUGGAAAAGUUCUUCGCGCAUAAUCCUGGGUUACCGAGUCGCUUCCCCCGAGAGUUCGCCUUUGACGACUAUACCGACAGUGAGCUGAAUCGCAUUCUGGCAUACCAGAUUGAAAAGAAGUUUUCUGGGAGGAUGAAAGUCGAGGGAAGCUUGACAGGGCUGUAUUGCCGGAUUGUCGCACGGCGCUUGGGUCGACAGCGUGGAAAAGAGGGCUUUGCGAAUGCUCGUGCCGUUGAGAAUGCCUGCUCCCGCAUAUUCGAGCGCCAGGCUCGCCGUUUGAAGAAGGACAGAAGGCACAAAAAGGUGGUAGAUGAUCUUUAUCUGACCAAGGAAGAUUUGAUCGGCCCCGAGCCCUCCGCCGCGCUCGAAAAGUGCGCUGCGUGGAAGAAAUUGAAAUCGAUGAUUGGAUUGAGUACAGUGAAAAAGAACGUCAAAGCACUGCUAGACAGCAUACAGUUUAACUACCAUCGCGAAUUGAAUGAGGAGCCACUUUUGGAAUUCACGCUCAAUCGUGUCUUUUUGGGAUCGCCUGGGACUGGGAAAACCACGGUCGCAAAGCUUUAUGGCCAGAUUUUGGUGGAUAUUGGGUUCUUAUCUACUGGUGAAGUCGUUGUGAAAAACCCAGCAGACUUCGUUGGCAGUGUCUUGGGCGAAUCUGAGAAAAACACCAAAGGCAUCCUGGCCUCCACACUUGGCAAGGUCCUGGUAAUCGAUGAGGCCUAUGGGCUUUACGGUGGGACCGGUUCCCAAGGGGGUGCUCAAAGUGACAUCUACAAAACUGCGGUGGUUGACACGAUUGUCGCAGAGGUUCAGAGUACGCCAGGGGAUGAUCGCUGUGUUUUGCUUCUUGGAUAUGAAGAUCAGAUGAGAACCAUGUUUCAGAACGUCAACCCAGGAUUAACUCGCCGGUUUCCACUUGACUCGGCCUUCACGUUUGAGGAUUUUACGGAUCACGAGAUGGGGCAGAUCAUGGACUUGAAGUUGAAGCAGCAAGGUUUCAAGUCUUCGCCACAGGGUAGAAAGGCCGCAUUGGAGGUUCUGGCACGAGCUCGCAAUCGCUCAAACUUCGGGAACGCCGGUGAAAUCGACAUUCUACUGAACGCUGCGAAGUUAAGCUACCAGCGCCGGCUUUCGGAAAAGAAAGCUUCUGGCGACUCUUCUCGACUGGAGCCCGAGGACUUUGACCCAGACUUUGGUCGCGCUGAUCGCGAGGGCACUAAUAUUCCGAUGCUCUUUUCCGGGGUGGUUGGCUGCGAGAAGAUCGUGCAACAAUUAGAAGGAUACUGCCAGACUGUAAAGAACAUGCGGGAACUGGACAUGGACCCGCGAGAGCAAAUUCCUUUCAACUUUCUGUUCAAGGGCCCACCAGGAACUGGUAAAACAUCGACUGCCCGCAGGAUGGGGAAGGUCUAUUAUGACAUGGGCCUUCUUAGUUCUGCAGAAGUGAUUGAAAGCUCGACAACAGAUCUCAUCGGGCAGUACAUUGGGCAGACUGGUCCCAAAACCCAAGCACAGCUGGAGAAGGCGUUGGGAAAGGUGCUCUUGAUCGACGAAGCAUAUAGGUUGGCCGAAGGGCAAUUCGCCACAGAAGCCAUGGAUGAAAUUGUGGACUGCAUCACAAAGCCUAAAUUCUUCCAAAAGCUGAUCAUUAUCUUGGCCGGUUACGACAAGGACAUAAACCGACUCAUGGCAAUCAACCCUGGCCUGACAAGUCGGUUCCCUGAGUCGGUCGAAUUCAAUGGUCUUGGUCCGGAUGACUGCACUCAAUUGCUGACCACCCUGCUCAAAGUCCAAAAGAAAGGAUUGUCGGAAAGGCGCGCUAGUCUCGACAUGGGUGUCUUGGAGUUGAUGUCGCAAGAUUUCAAAAACGGUCUGUACACGCGUUUUGCCACAUUGAGCAACAUUGAAAACUGGGCGAAUGCAAGAGACGUGCAGACCUUGGCGAAGGGCAUUUUCGGAAAGGUGAUUCGGAAGAAGCGAGGCAAAACACUCGUGAUAGAUGAAGGCCUGAUCAUCGCGGAGUUGGAUCAUAUGAUCAACGAAAGAACCUGUCGCCAGAACGCACAGUCAACUGGAAGAAGUGAUUCCCGAUCUCAAGGCCAAAUCGCUCAUCUUGAUCACCAACCUCCACCCCCAUCGUUGAUAGAAAUAGACAAAAAUACUGGCAGCAAUGUGGACACAGAUCAGCAACCAGAGGAUGAAGUUCAUGAGCUAUCGAAAGUCGAGGCUACCACGACCAGAGACGCAGGGGUGUCGGACGCAGUUUGGGGUCAGCUCCAGCGAGACAAGCUCGAAAAUGAAACUCGUGAAAAGAGCUACCAGGAACUUGCUGCAGAGGAGAAAGAAACCGAAAGGAGGGUCCAAGAGCUUGAAAAGAAUGAGAAGUCGUCGAAAGAGCGCCCUCCUGAUGAGGAUGACAAUGAGAAGAAACGUCGCGAACAAGAGCGCAUCCUCCAUGAAAUCCUCCGUAGGAAACGUGAAGCAGCCGAGCUUGAACAACAGAAAGAACAAAAGGCUCAGCACAAGCUAAGAAAAAUGGGUGUUUGCUGUAUGGGAUAUGCCUGGAUACGGCAGUCUAACGGAUAUCGCUGUGCUGGGGGUUCUCAUUUUGUUUCGAACCAACAGCUUGGAAUUGGAUCGGAUUGA